AUAUAUUAUAAAUUUCAUUGAAAAAAUAUUUUUAUUUAUUUACGUUAUAAAACUUUCAAAAGAACUGGAAUAUAACAGUUGGAUUUAAUAACAAGCCGUAUGCAAAAAUAUCUACAAAUAAUCUCUUGGCUUUUAUAAAUGCUUAAAAAUCCUGUCAAGUUAUGCAGAGUAUAAUAACUACAGUCUUCAUCUUAUCAUGUCCGUUAGUCAUGAGAAGGGUCGUUUUAGGUUUGAAUGUAAAAACAUUCCAGCACCGGUUUUUAAAGGAUUGGUUAACGCAUAUUUUUUAUCAAAGAUAUCCACCGCUCUAAUGGCGCCCAAUUGUUACUACUUAGUGAUACUAACGUAACUAAAUUAUGGAAGACAAAGUAAAAAUGAAAACGAAAUUAAAACCGCUAGGUGCUACAAAUUUUAAUCAAUGGUCUGAUGAUCCAAUAAUAAAAUACAAAUCAAAACAAUACAGCAACAUCAAAAGUCGUUAUUCAAAACCGAUGUCACUCAUAACUCGUACUCAUACAAAAAAAAAAUAUGUACCGGAAGAUGUCCAAUUCGAUGAAAAAAACAUAGUAAAAUUGGAUCAAAAUGAUCUUCAACGCAGUAUUGUGCUCAAAUAUGGUAUUCCUACUUUAAAAGCAGCCAUGACCAAAUUGACUAUACAUUAUGAUUUAAAGACCGCUAGACGCAAACUAUUACCUAUGUAUAAGUAUAUGUAUUUGGAAAUGGUUGAAGACAAACAAUUUUAUGCUGCAUCAGUAUUCGAAUAUAUUUUGAUAAUAGAUAAUGAGCGGACUACAAUAGCGCCCCUAGCGCCAGCGCUACGAGAAAAUGAUAAUUUAUUAUUAAAACUUAGUGAACAUCUUAAAGCUAUCGAUAUUCCAGAAAAUGGAAUCGCUCAAAAAGUUUUAAAUCUCUUAAAAUUAACUAUAACAUUUGCUAAUUUGUCUGCGGAAUGGUGGUGGGUGGCCGAAUAUUGUUUAUUGAUUGCUACGAUGUUGGUAGACGAUUUAAGUGAAUUAGACAAAGCGACUGUAUUAUUCAUAACUGGUUGGUUUUUAAAAAAGACAGCAAAAAGUUCAUUAGAAGAUGCAGCUAGUUUCUUUAAUCGUUCUCGUAACAUGAGUUGGAAACAAUCUUGGCGAUUACCUUUAAUAAUUCAAGAAAUUAUUGAUGAUGGCAUACACAUAACAAAAGGUCCCUUAUGGACUGCCGCUUGUUUUUAUGAAUAUAAAACCUUAAUGUUAAUAGCAACAUGUCAAAAUUCGAAAUGGGCAUUACGUACAGUUCAAACAGCUCUAAAAUUAAUAGAAAUUUCUGGACCUAAUGAUGAUCAAUAUUUGACAACUUUUGAGCUGGGUAAAAGAUACUAUGCAGCUGGAAUGGUUGACGAAGCAAUAGAUACAUUUAUUAAAUGCUCUACAGCUUGUAAAUUAAACAUUGAUCUUGAUAAUGAUUUGGAUCUUAGAGCUCUUCUCGAAGCAUCUAAAAUAUUACAACGAAAUGAUAAUAAAAUGGAGGCUUAUAAGCUACUAGAAACAAUUAUUAAAGACUCCAAGACACGACGAAAAGAAGAAAUUCUCAUUUCAGCAAUUGUGGAGAUGGGACAUUUAUCUAUAAAAUAUGAACUCGACAGUAACGGUUAUUUUCAUUUUUCUUUAGCAUAUAAUCUACUUAAAAAUGGACGAGGCAGAGAAGUUUUCAACACAGAAGACAUGCUAGUUAUAAGUAUGCACGCUGCAGCGCUACGUACUAACUUAUUUCUAAAAUCUAAUUUUCAGUCUUUUUGUAACAAUAAUUUUAACUUGUUGGAAGUAUCCAAUUGGUGGAGAGGAAAUCAACCAUUAGUAACGUGGCAUGGUGAUCAAAUGGUUCUUAAUAUAGACAAAAUCGAAGAUGACAUUAUUAGAGAAGUUGCUUAUGAAAUUCACAAUUAUCUUAAAAACAACAAAAAUAAAGUAACUAAAAAUGUAUUGGAAGAAAGUAAAAUUGAAGAAAAUUUUAGUGAAGAAGAUCAAAUAAUAGAAUCAAAUAUAGAGGAAUCGCUACAUGAUGAGAAGAAUGUAAAACACAUUAUGAUAUCAGAGAAUUUAUUUGGGUGAACUAAAACUACAAUAUAAACCUAACAGUAGACUUUAUAAAUG